CGUACUCGGCCUUCGCAACUUAGUAUAAAGUUCGCUACGGACGAUCACUGGACAUCAUUCAGCUCAGCAGUGUCAGCCAAGUGAUAACCAACAAUCAAAAUGUUCAAACUGUUCAUCUUCGCCUGCUUCCUGGCCUUCGCCGCCGCCAAGCCCGGCAUUGUAGCCCCCGUGGCGUACACCGCGGCGUACACCGCGCCCGUUGCCGCUGCGUACACCGCGCCCGUCGCCGCCGCGUACACCGCGCCUGUCGCCUACUCCGCCUACUCUGCCUACCCCGCCUACUCAGCCUACACUUAUGCUUCUCCUUAUGCUGCCUACUACCUGCGCCGCUGAAGACUGUACUGAUGAAAACCGACAAAUUGGAUGACAAUUCGAAAU